AAGAAGGAGAAGGAUCAGAAGAGCACGAUGGCUGCAGAUGGUGACACUCUGAUUGAAGAAGAGACUUCUAAAACAGGCUCGGUGAACUUCUCUGUCUUUACUACAUACAUCCGAGCUGUCAACACCUUCCUUUUCCUGCUAGUUAUACUCUUCUAUUCUUUGUACAACGCGGCCUCCGUCCUUUCCAAUGUUUGGCUAAACAAAUGGAGCAGUGAAGUACCCAUUAAUGGCACGUUGCCGACAAGCGUACGAGACAAGUACCUUCUGGUUUAUGGUGGCAUUGGACUAACUCAGGGUGCAAUGCUGCUCAUAGCUGCCCUCCUUCUGACUUUCGGAGCCCUCCAUGCAGCCCAGAGGCUCUACUGUCAACUACUCACUACUGUACUCCAUGCCCCAAUGUCCUUCUUCGACACCACUCCGAUGGGACGUAUCCUUAACCGUUUCAGCAAAGACACCUACAUGAUCGAUGACGUCAUCCCCACCAGCCUGUCAACGUUUAUCGCGGCCGUGAUCCGUAUCCUCGCAACACUAAUAAUCAUCACGCUCAGUACGCCUGCUUUUGCUGCCGUCAUACUGCCAGUGGCUGUGGUGUAUUACUUGGUACAGAGAUUCUACAUUGCCACGUCACGCCAACUGAAGAGGUUAGAGUCCGUGACCAGAUCACCAAUCUAUUCACACUUCUCUGAGACUGUGGCCGGAACCAGCUCCAUUCGAGCGUACCGCCGCUCCGAGUUCUUCAUACAUCAAAAUGAAACGCUUAUAGAUAACAACCAGUUAACUUACUAUCCAAACCUCGUUUCAAACAGAUGGAUGGCGCUACGUCUUGAGUUCCUAGGCAACUCUCUGAUCCUGUCUGCUGCCCUCUUUGCUGUGAUUGGUCGUAAUUACCUCAGCCCUGGCGUUGUGGGUCUUUCAUUGUCGUACGCUCUAAACUGGUGCUUGACAUGGUUAGUCCAUGUGAUGUGUGAAUUGGACAAUAUCGUUGCUGUGGAGAGAGUCAAGGAGUAUACAGAGAUCAAGACAGAGGCUGCAGAGAUUAUUCCUGAUAAUAGACCAGACAAGGAAUGGCCAACAAGAGGAGGUUAGAUAAAUGAGUAUUGUGUCCGCUAUCGAGAUGGAUUGGAUCUUGUACUCAAGGGAAUCUCUUGUAACUUCAAACCAAAGGAAAAGAUCGGCAUUGUUGGUCGAACUGGUGCUGGCAAGUCUUCUCUCACCCUCUCUUUGUUCCGCAUCUUGGAGGCAGCUGGAGGCUCAAUCAAGAUUGACGAUGUAGAUAUCUCAACCAUUGGACUUCAAGAUCUUAGAUCACGCAUCACCAUCAUUCCUCAGGACCCAGUGUUGUUUGCUGGUACCUUGCGUAUGAACCUUGACCCCUUUACCCAGUAUUCCGAUGAUGCAAUAUGGGAUGCCCUGCGACACUCCCACCUUUACUCGUUCGUUGCGGCAUUGACAGAAAAACUUGAGUAUGAGUGCACUGAAGGAGGAGAAAAUCUAAGUCUUGGUCAGCGUCAGUUGAUCUGUCUUGCUCGUGCUCUGCUCCGUAAAACCAAGAUUCUAGUCCUGGAUGAAGCCACAGCUGCAGUGGAUCUAGAGACGGAUGACUUGAUCCAAGCAACGAUUCGUACUGAGUUUGAAGAUUGUACCGUCAUCACCAUUGCACAUAGACUCAACACCAUCAUGGACAGCUCAAGGAUAUUGGUGCUGGAUGCAGGAAAGAUAGCCGAGUUUGACACACCAGCUCGCCUCCUACACCGUGAAGGUCUCUUCUACACUAUGGCUAAAGCCGCCGGCCUUACAUGAAGAGAGACAGAAACCAGGUCACUGACGAAGAUAACUGACGAAGACUGUUUGGGUCUGCCACAGAAUGGUGUUUGUAUUACAUAACCUUCAUAUUCUGUUUUGUAUUGAUUUAUCUAAUUUCUAUGAUCGAGUCCAUUUGCCUGAAUUGAAAUAGUCAGUGAAGCUUCAUUUAAAAUUAUUUAACUUUAAUCUUGAUGAGGGGACAACAAGUUUUAAAGAUUCAAUUGGGUUUUCUUUGUUUCAAAAUAUUGUGGAUUUUUUUUCCUGCAAAAGUAUUUAUAUUCCAACAUGAUUUUAACCAUGGGAAGGUUCAUGGUUUAAAACGAAAUGUUUUUAUUUCCACUUUUUACGUCCACAUAUCUUAUUAUGUGUGAAGAAGGUAAUAAGUGUUUAAGAAAUAAAGACGCAUCAUUUCUUUUGCAGACUUAAUAUUUUUAUUUUUUUUUUAGAUUUAUACCAAAAAAAGAACAAAAGUGGCAACCCAACUUAAGGUAUUGAAUUAAUUACCCGUCUGAAUUACCAGAAGUUAAGGUGUGCUUGUUUGUAUUUAGUUUGGAUUUUGUCCAUUAUUUUUUUAGAUGGUCACAAAUAGUUUUCAGAGUCGUGUAAAUGAGUUGAAGGCAUUACAAAUUUCAAAUGUAUUAAAUGUACCAUCAUGUUGUGAUUUCUCUGAGCACUUUAACAUAAUGCGCAUCUUCAAUUUUCUGCCAUUUGCAAGGAUGAGUGUAUGUUAGUGUGCUGCAGGUCCUAUACCUACAUUGGGUGCUUUCGUUUAGCUUCCCUGGGUCGACCUGGUAAGCCAACAGUGUGUUCGAAUAGCUUUGACGUCAUUCCAGGGGC